ACUGAUCAUCCGACACAUCAGCUCCGCAAUACCGGCAGGGGACAAACAGGAAGUUAUAAUCAAAAGACAGCUGUAAGAGUGUUUGCUCCCUUUUAUUUGUAAGAAACAAGUGUAUUCCUGUAAUACAACUACCUGUAUUAAUUCUCCCGCAGAGACGAUGCUUCAGUGUCUGUCUGGAAGUUCGUGUGUGCGUGUCAUAGAAGGUUACAGGUCUACGUGGUAUUUCUUGGUCUUGGUUUUGGCGUAUGUGUUAUAUCUGAUAUUCGGUGCUUUAGUGUUUUACGCGGUGGAGCUGCCGUAUGAAGAGCAGCUUCGGCAAGAGCUUCGGACCGUGAGGCAGCAGUUUCUAAAUGAUAAUGAAUGUCUGUCCGAAGAAAGACUGGAGGAGUUUCUCACCAGAGCUUUAGAAGCGAGUAAUUACGGUGUGUCGGUUCUCAAUAAUGCUACUACUAACUGGAACUGGGAUUUCACAUCAGCCCUCUUCUUCGCCAGCACUGUGCUGUCCACGACAGGAUAUGGCCACACCGUUCCUCUCUCAGAUGGUGGUAAGGCCUUCUGCAUCAUUUACUCAGUGGUGGGAAUCCCGUUCACCCUGCUGUUCCUGACUGCAGUGGUCCAGAGGAUCAUGGAGUUCAGUACCCGCAGGCCCGUGGAGUACCUGCACCGGCGCUGGGGCAUGUCCAAACCUCUGCUGGCCGCCCUGCACGCCUCCCUGCUGGCCAUUAUAAUCGUCUCCUGCUUCUUCCUCAUACCUGCUAUCAUCUUUUCAGUACUGGAAGAGGACUGGAAUUUUCUGGAGUCCUUCUAUUUCUGCUUCAUCUCUCUUAGUACUAUUGGCUUAGGCGACUAUGUACCAGGAGAGGGCUACCAUCAGAGGUUCAGAGAAAUCUAUAAAUUGGGCAUUACAUUCUACCUGAUAUUGGGCUUGAUCGCAAUGCUAGUGGUUCUGGAAACCUUCUGUGAACUUCAGCAGCUGAAGAAGCUCAGGAAGAUGUUCUACCUGAGAAAACAAAAAACAGAAGACCAGCUAAACAUUGUGGAUCAUGAUCACCUCUCUGUGUCCGGCCAGGCAGCCUCUUUUAGGGAGGAUAAAACUGAUGUGUUUCCUGAUGACAUAAUCUCUGCCUCACCUACUACUACCUCCAAUGGACCAAUGGGCCGAUGAUGCAUCCUAAAAUUUUGUGUCUAGAAACCUGACACAUUAAUGUUUCUGAAACAUCUCCGCUAAGAGCACAAAUGUAUUGUAAUUUGUUAGUGUAGGCUACUCUGCUGUCAAGUUAACUGAAACCUUAUAUGAAUACUUGAAACACAGGCUGAAGGUGAUUUAUUGUGGAAAAGGAUUGUAUGAAUUUGUAGAAUACAUAAUAUCAUAGGACAUCAUGGUUCAUGCUGCUGCUGAACAGAAAAACAUUUUGUGACCAGGGUUUUGUGUGUGUGUGUGUGUGUGUGUGUGUGUGUUUUUGUGUGUAUGUAAAUGAUAAAUCCAUCCAUGACUUCUAAAUAUAAAUAGUUAACUGGUAAGUGGUCAUAGACUAGCAUUACAUACUUCUUAUGCUGUUCUUGUUAGGUGACAUAAAGGGAUCCAUAUCCUCUAUUAUAGUUUUACAGAUGUAUUAAUGGAAAUCAUGUUUUCAGGUUACUAAGUUUGUAGAUAUUGCUUAAGGCUGGAAAACACUGCAUGACUUUUAUACAAUGUUUUUUGCCCUGAUUUGCUGUCUGGAAAAGUAAGUCUACUGAUUUUAGGCAGUCAGAGUUGAUAGAUUUCACUGAAAAUUGUGUAGUGUAUGAUGGGCACAUACUAGAUUUUUUUUUAGCUUUAAAUUAAGAUUCCAUCCAAUCUGAGAAUAUCAAAUGUUUAUAUAUUUUGAGCCAAUUUUAGAACAUUGUUUUCAUUUGUCAGCAAUAAGGGGCACAUUUCUGAGUGAGUUUAUUGUGUUUUUGGAAAGUUUUGAAAAUCAGUAGUUGUAUAGUAUAUUCCAGCCUUAACUCUAUUCAAAGUCUGCAAAUGUACAAUGCCGGUGUUUAACAAUCUGUUCAGAUUUUUUUUUUUAAAUCACGUAGUGUAUUCCAGCCUUUAGUCUUUUUUUUUUUCAUUAGAUAUUUAGAAUAGACAGGGGCAGGUCCCCUGAUGACAUUCCUAGUGACACAUUCUGUAAUUCACUCAUUAAGGGAAUUUAAAAAUAUGUAUAUUUUUAGUAGAGGCAUCAGACAAUCAAAAAUGUGUAUAUUUAAUUUCUUUACGUUUACGGCUUUAUUCAUGUUGGCUCUUCUGCAGUUGCAUUAGGCAUUGUCCACCACCUAAAGGUGCUGUUGUGCAUUGAGUGCCGUUACUGUUGUAUUGUAAGCCGAGAACAUGAGUCACAUCAGUGCAUCAGUAUAUGUUCUUAUGAGUGACUGGGUAUAUUGCUGAAGGAAAUUAAUGUUAUUUUAUCAUUCAGUUUUCAUUUUUAUAUUUUAUUGCACAUGCCUAAAGUCGCACUCUUAACUAAACAGAAUAAA